AGCCACUCAGAGGUUCUUGUAACCAUACUGCUCAACUGAGAGGUCCUGUGGGUCCCUCAGUAUCUGCAAUCAUGAUCAAACUGUUAAGUGUUGCCAUUAUUGCAGGAUUGAUUUCUGAAAGCACCCAGCAACCAGCUCCGGGAUACCAAUGCUGGACAAGAUGGUUUAACGGAGAUAACCCCGGUGGAUCUGGAGACUUUGAAACCCUCGCCAAUCUUCAUAGAGUGUACCCAGGACAGAUCUGCUCGAAUCCACUAGAAAUUGAGGUCACAACUCGAUAUCGACUCUGUGCACAUAUGACAGGAGAUGUGUUUUUUAAAAAAGACACAAAAGUAGGAUUCAUCUGCAGAAACAAGGACCAAACCAAGUUCAGAAGAUGUCAAGAUUAUCGCGUUCGUUUCCGCUGCCCUGUGGCUUUCUGUCAAGGAUGUUGGACACCAUGGAGUGACAGAGAUAACCCCAGUGGAACUGGAGACUGGGAAAUCCUCUUCAACCUUCAUAGAGAGUACCCAGGAAAGAUCUGCUCUAAUCCAGUGGGAAUUGAGGCCAGAACUCUAACUGGACUCAGUCCGGCUGCAGCAGGGGAUGUGAUUUUUCAAAGUGACACAACUGCAGGAUUCAUCUGCAGAAACAAGGACCAACCCGGAAACAAAAAAUGUAGUGAUUAUCGCGUUCGUUUCCGCUGCCCUGCCGCUUUCUGUAAAGGAUGCUACACACAAUACUUCGACAGAGAUAACCCCGGUGGAGUAGGAGACUUUGAAAUCCUUGCCAAACUUCGCCAAAAGUACCCAGGAAAGAUCUGCUCUAAUCCACUAGGAAUUGAGGCCAGAACUGUAGCUGGACUCAGUGCGGCUAGAGCAGGGGAUGUGAUUCAUAAAACUGACACAGCUGUAGGAUUCAUCUGCAGAAACCGGGAUCAACGCAGGAACAAAAGAUGUAGUGAUUAUAAAGUUCGUUUCCGCUGCCCUGCCAGUUUCUGUAAAGAAUGCUACACACAAUACUUUGACAGAGAUAACCCCAGUGGAACAGGAGACUGGGAAACCCUCUACAAUCUUCAUAGAGAGUACCCAGGACAGAUCUGCUCUAAUCCAGUGGGAAUUGAGGUCACAACUCUAACUGGACUCAGUCCGGCUGCAACAGGGAAUGUGAUUUUUCAAAGUGACCCAACUUCAGGAUUCGUCUGCAGAAUCCAGGACCAACCACCGUACAGAAGAUGUCAAGAUUAUCGUGUUCGUUUCCGCUGCCCUGCAGAUUUCUGUGACGGAUGCUACACACAAUACUUUGACAGAGAUAACCCCGGUGGAAAAGGAGACUUUGAAAUCCUGUCCAGUCUUCGCACAAAGAACCCAGGAAAGAUCUGCCCUAAUCCAGUAGCAAUUGAGGCCAGAACUGUAGCUGGACUCACUCCGGCUGCAGCAGGGAAUGUGAUUUCUAGAAUUGACACAAAUGUAGGAUUCGUCUGCAGAAACCAGGACCAACCCAGGAACAAAAGAUGUAGUGAUUAUAAAGUUCGUUUCCGCUGCCCGGCCGCUUACUGUAAAGUCCCUGAUCCAGGAUGCUACACACAAUACUUUGACAGAGAUAACCCCAGUGGAACUGGAGACUGGGAAAACCUCUUCAACCUUCAUAGAGAGUACCCAGGAAAGAUCUGCUCUAAUCCAAUAGCAAUUGAGGCAGUAACUCUAGGUGGACUCACUCCGGCUGCAACAGGGGAUGUGAUUUAUAAAAGUGACACAACUGUAGGAUUCGUCUGCAGAAUCCAGGACCAACCCAAUAAAAGACUAUGUCAAGAUUAUAAAGUUCGUUUCCGCUGCCCUGCCGCUUUCUGUAAAGGAUGCUACACACAAUACUUUGACAGAGAUAACCCCAGUGGAACUGGAGACUGGGAAAUCCUCUCCGCUCUUCACACAGAGAACCCAGGAAAGAUCUGCUCUAAUCCAAUAGCAAUUGAGGCAGUAACUCUAGGUGGACUCACUCCGACUGCAACAGGGGAUGUGAUUUAUAAAAGUGACACAACUACAGGAUUCGUCUGCAGAAUCAUCGACCAACCCAAUAAAAGACUAUGUCAAGAUUAUAAAGUUCGUUUCCGCUGCCCUGCCGCUUUCUGUAAAGUUACAGUCCCUGGUCCAGAAUGCUACACACAAUACUUUGACAGAGAUAACCCCAGUGGAACUGGAGACUGGGAAAUCCUCUCCCAUCUUCGCCCAGAGAACCCAGGAAAGAUCUGCUCUAAUCCAAUAGCAAUUGACGUCAAAACUCUAACUGGACUCAGUCCGACUACAACAGGGGAAGUGUUUUUUAAAAAUGACGCAACAACAGGAUUCGUCUGCAGAAACCAGGACCAAAAGAACAAAAGAUGUAGUGAUUAUAAAGUUCGUUUCCGCUGCCCUGCCGCUUUCUGUAAAGUCCCUGCUCCAGGAUGCUACACACAAUACUUUGACAGAGAUAACCCCAGUGGAACUGGAGACUGGGAAAUCCUCUCCGCUCUUCACACAGAGAACCCAGGAAAGAUCUGCUCUAAUCCAAUAGCAAUUGAGGCAGUAACUCUAGGUGGACUCACUCCGACUGCAACAGGGGAUGUGAUUUAUAAAAGUGACACAACUACAGGAUUCGUCUGCAGAAUCAUCGACCAACCCAAUAAAAGACUAUGUCAAGAUUAUAAAGUUCGUUUCCGCUGCCCUGCCGCUUUCUGUAAAGUUACAGUCCCUGGUCCAGAAUGCUACACACAAUACUUUGACAGAGAUAACCCCAGUGGAACUGGAGACUGGGAAAUCCUCUCCGCUCUUCACACAGAGAACCCAGGAAAGAUCUGCUCUAAUCCAAUAGCAAUUGACGUCAAAACUCUAACUGGACUCAGUCCGACUACAACAGGGGAAGUGUUUUUUAAAAAUGACGCAACAACAGGAUUCGUCUGCAGAAACCAGGACCAAAAGAACAAAAGAUGUAGUGAUUAUAAAGUUCGUUUCCGCUGCCGGGGCGCUUUCUGUAAGCGCUGACGCCACAGCAAACACUGACACGUAUAAGAAGAGACAACGUUCACAGUUUUAUCACUCAAAUCAUUGUCUGAUUUUUCUUUCCUGUUAUAAUUUAUAUCCUACUGCGCCAGAUGGAGGAAUUGUCCCUUUUCACAGCAGAUAUUUUGACUAGCAAAGAUGUUACAAGUAACAUUAACGAUGGCUCUGUUACAUUGUGUGUCCCAGCGAGCCUAUAUGUGUGAUACCAAGACCUUGAAACCUAUAUGCAGCUAAAUGGAAUUCAGCCCUAGUUCAUUGCCUGUGCUUUUACCAUGUCAACAUGUUUUCUGUGGGGAAAAUAGCCUAUUAUGUGCUUCAUCAGUCUAUCUUUUCUUUCUAGUGAUUAUGAAAUCAUUAUCUUGUAUCUUAUAUAAUCUAUCAAUACUCAACAGCAAUAAAAAAUGCUAAUUAACAGCAAAUCCCUUUUGUCAUUACGUUUUACUCAUAACAACUCUGCCCAGCUCAUUAGGAUCAUACUAAUGAGCUCACAUGCUUACAUGAACUCAUGAUUCGGUGUGUUUUCAAGAGAUGGUGGGAACUGAUAUGAUAUGUAGGAGGUGCUGGAUAGUAUUUCAACAGCAAUGUGGGAAUGUAAAAAAAAAAAAACAUACUGUAUGUCAGUGAAUCUGAGUUUCAUAUCAACAUAAAUGCGUGCACUAAUAAGCACAUGUAUAGUUUUGUUUUCUUUCUGUCUUUCUCAACCCAUAACUUCCUCUCCUCUGUGUUUUCAGUACAGAUUUAGUGUCCUCACAAACACUC